GAAUCGAAUCAAAUAUUCAUUAUAUUUGCUAUUAUCUUUACGAUAGUCCUUUUACGUGUACCAACAAUGUGGGCUAUGGAACUAACAACUAUCGAAGACUGCGAUCUUUUCGAAAGCAAAUUUUUAAGCCCAACUGAGUUCAGUCAAAACGAAGUAUUCAAAGCAUUCGAUAUUAUUGUUAAUUUUCUGCAUAUAAUAGCAUCAUUUCUCAUUUUGCUUGCACUUAAUAUAAUAAUAAUUCGAGAACAGCAACACAGCCAUCGUACAGCACGAACAGAAACCGCGUUAAUGAGUGCAUUGCUUGUUUUCAAGCAAAAUAAUGGUGAUCUCGGUCGAGAAAAAUUAGAAAGAUUUCGACUUCGAGCAGCAAUAAAUACUACAGUUGUUAUCAUAAGUGCUUAUUUAGCUUGUAAUAGCUUACACUUUUGUUUAUUCAUCAUCGAACAAUUCGAUCCAUCAUGGCUUUUAAAUGAAGCUGGCGAUGAUUUUAACUCGGUUUAUGUGAUGCUCGGCGAUUUUGUCAGCGUUCUGUUUGUCGUAUCAUCAAUGAUUCGAUUACCAAUUUAUUAUAAAUUCAAUUUGCAAAUUCGCGGACAAAUUGAUGCGAUAUUCGGAUUUAAAAAUGGUCGAAAGUAUUCAUCGAAUGAUUAA